ACGAUUUCACCUCCACCCAACAGAAACAGCAACUAUGUCAACUAAGGUGAGGGGAGGCGCUUUUCUGGUGGAAGGUCAGCUCACAUAAGAUGACACAAAGAUGCUCAAAGAGAUGCAUGGCCUGAUUAUUUUAAAUGCAGCAAAGCAUAGCUGAAUCCUGACUCUGACUGAAUCAAAGGGCAGAGGUCAGCCAGAUGAGCAGGAUGCUCCCUCAAAGGGCGGCUGUGAGCACGCUAGGUUACAGCUCAGACUGUGCGAAGAUGGAGCAGAGUGGAAUUGGCCGGGUGGGUGGGACCUUGCUCAGGAGCUCCCGCUCUAAGGCAGAGCUACAGGAAUUGAUGGAGACGCUCCAGCGCAGGAAGAGUGCCCUGGAGGCCAGUCUGAGGGCAGCUGAGAGUAGCCGCAAGUAUUUCAAUAUGCCUUCCCCCGGCGGACCCCAGUCCAAACGGCCACUCUCCAUCCUCAGUAACAUUGAACAUCAGUCCUCUUCCUCCAGAAACUUUUCUUACAUGACCAGCAGCAGCAUGCCCCCUUCCCCUCGCCAGGGUGAGCGCCAGUUUAGUCCGAAUGGCUUCCUCCGUUACCCAAACGCUCACCACCAGUCGCAAGACAGCCUGCUCCACCCUACAGAUGGAAGUUCUCUCAACUCCUCUUAUGGAGAACCUCUACCUCAUUCUCCUAGGGUCAAGAGCGGCACAGCUAGUGUGCCCUCAAGCCCUCGACUGGGCCGUAGAGUCUACUCACAUGGUAAAGCCAUAAGUGAUUCCAGGCAGAGGAAAUACUCCACGGGUUCCCUCAACAGUCUGGGCAUGCACAGCCGCUCUCUACCACGCCUCCACAAUCCAGCAGAUCCUCCUGUUUUAUCUCUGCCGCCUCAUCUCCACAGAGCAGAGCGCUCGGCAGUGGCUCGGCGCAGUCUCUCCUCACUUGAACAACCACCAGACGUGACAGUACCAGCCAGCAUGCCCAAUACUCCGAGGAGGGCCAGCCUGGCCUCCCUGAGCUCUCUAGGUGUUGAGAUAGAUGGACCGAGCUUUGAUGUGAGCUUUGGAGAACGGAGGUUAUCAUUCGAGAAAGGAGGGCUGAGUCCAGGACAAAGAGUGGGCAGCAUCACUUCUUUGAAUGGCAAAGAGGAGUUGCAAGACUAUCACCAGCACCAGAGAGACGAGAGACGAAGGGAGCAGAGAGUACACAAAUUGGAAAGCCAGCGGCUGGAAACCAUCAUGAACAUGUGCACGGAGUUUGCACAGGUGAAGCCUCAGGGUUCAGCAGUUUCUGACCUGCAGAAGAUCAAUAAGGAGUUGGAGAAACUGCAGGUGUCAGACGAGUCAGUUUUCUCCGACUCUCCAGGCAGCACGGCUCCAGACAGUGGCUUUGGCACCAGAGGCCGAGAUUUGCUUCUCAAUGACAAGCACCAGGUCAGCAGUCAUCAGCAAAACAGUUACAGAGAAGUUCACUCACUGGCUCUGAGCCUUAACACCAGCGCCCCCUCACCUUCCAGCCACCACAGAGCUAAGGUUUUGGAGAGAGUGCAGCUGAAGCAGGAAGUAACACACAUUGAAGAGGAGAGGAUCCAGGUUGUGAACAACAUUGAGGAGCUGGAGCAGAAGAUUAAAGACCUGGACAACCAGAUGGAGGAGUCCGUGAGAGAGAUGGAGGUGGAGUGUGCUUUGCUGGAAGGGGAGCAAGAAUCAGAGAUGGCUCAAUUGAAAAAAGAAAAGGACCUUUUGGACCAGCUGAAGGGAAAUAUUCACAGUACUGAGAAGAUUAGCCACACUGAGAAAGCACAGGAAGCAGAGGAGCAAGCAAAAACUUUGGAAGAAUUGGAGUUUCAGAAAUUCGAGAGAGAGAUUCAUCAGGAUGAGGAGAAGGAAAAUCUGAAUCAGUUACUGAGAGAAAUUGCUGACUGUCAGCGUCUCGCUAUCACACGCAAGGAGAGACUUGCAACGCUCAGGAAACAGUCCUCGCAGAUUACUUUACAGUCCCAGCAGGAAAGAGAAGACUUUCAGAGGGAAAAAAAUAAUCUGCUCAUCAUGCUGCAGAAGGAGAGAGACAAGCUGGCGGCUUUGGAAGGAAAAUAUGCAGAGCUGUCUGAGAAGCAGAACUUGGCUAACAGCAAUGGAGCCAUCAAAGAGCACAUACACGCCGCAAUGGAAAGAAGAAGAAGCGGCAAGGAAAACUCGGUCCAUCUGAGCGACAACGGAACUCCUAAGAGGAGCCAGCACCUUGUCACUCCAUAUGGCCGAUCUCUGGGACGCACCCUUCCACCCAAGACCCAUCUGCCUCUGUCACAAAGCUCCAGCUGUGGCAGCGUCAUCCCACAAGGCUUCAGCUUUGCCCCUCGAGACUUGAACACUAGCCGUCCGCCAAAAACAGGCAACAGCCACACACAGAUGAAUGACGGCGUACACACCCGACAAAGAAAAAGUGAUUUUUGUAGCCGGAUGCUCUCUGAGCCGAACGUUUUCUUGGACUCUUUGUCCUACCCGGACACCAGCCAAGCCUCCGACACAGUCAGCGUGGACAGCUCUGACAGCAUGGAGACCAGCUUCUCAGCAUGCUCCCCAGAUAACAUCUCCAGUGCCAGUAUGACCAACAUGGCAAAGCUUGAGGAGAUGGAGCGUUUACUUCGAGAGGCCCAGGUGGAAAAGCUAAGGCUGCUUGAGCACAGGGAACGUGAGAUGGAAAUACGCCGGCAUGCUUUGGAGGAGGAGCGAAGACGGAGGGAGGAACUGGAGAAACGUCUGCAGGAGGAGACCAACAGGAGACAGAAACUUGUGGAGAGGGAGGUGAAGCUCAGGGAGAAACAAAGAUCUCAGUCCCGACUCCUGACACGCUACUUGCCUGUAAGGAAAGACGACUUUGACCUUCACUGCCACAUUGAGGCAGCGGGACACAAUCCAGACGCUUGCUUCCAUCUGGCCAUCACGGACAAAACGUGCAGAGGCUUCCUCGUAAAAAUGGGAGGGAAAAUAAAGACUUGGAAGAAGCGCUGGUUUGUGUUUGACCAGAAUCGCAGGACGCUCACUUACUACGCAGACAAACAUGAGACCAAGAUGAAAGGAGUCAUUUACUUCCAGGCAAUAGAGGAGGUGUACUAUGACCAUUUGAAGAAUGCACACAAAAGUCCCAACCCCUCGCUGACCUUUAGUGUGAAGACUCAUGAUCGGGUCUACUACAUGGUGGCCCCGUCCCCUGAGGCCAUGCGUAUCUGGAUGGAUGUUAUCGUGACGGGCGCAGAGGGACACAUGCACUUCAUGGUGUAACCUAAAAUCCUAAGAGGGCCUUUUUCGUGUCAAAAGAAAAGAUUUGCACGAUUCCACUUCAGUGUGUUUGAACGUGUAGUAUGUGAAGCAUUAUUCACUCUUUCAUGUAAUCACAUAUAAAGAUCAGAAUACGUUCUAUACCAGUCUCAUCGUUAAGCUAUUUAGUUGUUUAUUUACUACAGCUAUGAUGCCACACUAGUGGAAAAAACAAUCAUUCACUGUGUUCCACUUUAAAUCUUUGCAUGCACAAAACGAGUAGAAGGGCCAAUGGUAGAAUGUGGACUAAUCAUUGUAAUUUGGUGCAGCACCUAAUUUUUCUGUAUAUCACUGAUUUGACAUUAAGAUUAAUUCUUGAUUUAUGGAGAAUCUGUGGUCAAAAUACCCAAUCCAAUAAUGGCAACAAAAGUGAAAAACAGUUCCUGGAUCAAUACCUUUAUAUGGAUCAGCACCAGGCGGCACGGUGGCCUACUGGUUAGAGCGUCAGCCUCACAGUUCUGAGAACCAGGGUUCACUCCGCCUGUGUGGAGUUUGCAUGUUCUCCACGUGCCUGCAUAGGUUUUCAUGCAUGAAUUGGAGACUCUAAAUUGCCCGUAGGUGUGGAUGUGAGUGCGAAUGGUUGUUUGUUUGUAUGAUGAUGUGCUAACCAGUCGUCCACUGUGCCGAAUUGGUCAGUUUUGUACUAAUACUCAUGCUACGUUGAAUACAUCAGUUGGAACGAGUCUACUUUACUUGGUCUACUUUGUGACAAGUGGAUGAAAUUUAUUCGAGAGGCAACUUUGGUUUGGGAGAAAGUGGACCGCUGCAGCAAAGCUUUAAAAACAUUUACAAUUGAUCAGGAUCGAAAAAUACCUCUGAACAUACCCAAAGCGGCAGUAUAAUCGCUCAGGUGAGGGUUCCAGCUGACUUUCAUCUGAAAAGAGGAAAAAGCAGAUUGUAGGCAUGCGUGUACUGCGCUCUGCUUGAGCAUCCUUGGAACCUAUGCAAGUGGAAAGGACAGUUGUUUUUUGGGAGGGCAAAACAAAUGAAUGAUGGAAACAUGAAAGAAUACAUUAACCUCCUUUAUUUAAGCUGUAUGGCUGCGUUGUUGUCUGUACACUAGAUCCAUAACCAUCCUUUAUGACCAUCUUCUGUCUUACAGUUAAUCGCAAUUCGCCAGAUUUCUUCAGGCCUUAAGACUGUUUUAGCUGAUCAGAGCAUCCUGGUGAUCAUUGAUGAUCAAUAAUAUUUAAAAAAAAAAAAUCUUCUUUGUGUUUGCAAGAAUGCACAUUGUAUAGUAUAUUUUUGAAAUAUUCAAAAUGUACUUUGUGUUACGAUUGUUAAGUGUUUCAUUACCUCCUAAACGCCAGUAUUUGUGAUUGCGGCUGCCAGUCUACCAGCACGUCAUUCUUGCAGCAGAACAUGCAAGAAUGGCGACCUCUAGCGGCGGUAGAAGCUGCUGACACGUUGUGAUGAGGUCAUCUUAUGAUUCUCUGUCUGUGAGCUCAACAUUUCAGCAUUAUUUUUCCACCAGCAGAGGCCCUCAUUGCAAGAUGUAUUACAACAACAUGACGUAAUGCUUUUCUCGGUCUGUCUGGCAGUAGUUUAAAUUUGCAAUGUCCCCAUUUAAAACAUGCUCUUGUAUAUGAGUUGUAUAUCACAUUUAUAUAUUUUUGUAUUCAAAUAUACACGUUUUCUACUUUCAAUAUGAAUGUUUUUUUGUUUUAGUUAACACGUUUUUUUUAAAUAGU